AUGCCCCAACCAUACGACCAACCAAUAAUCGACAUAGUAAACUAUGUCUACCAGUACCCCCUCGACGAAGAUGACGAAGAAAUGUGGAAAUGCGCCCGGACAGCCCUGCUGGACGCGAUGGGCUGCGCCAUCGAGACAUCAGCAACGAGCGCCGAAUGCCGAAAGCUACUCGGCCCCGUAAUCGACGACACACUCGUGCCAGACGGGUUUCGGGUUCCGGGAACAGGGCUGCAAGUUGAUCCAGUGAAGGGAGCUUUCGAUCUAGGUGUCUUGAUUCGGUAUCUGGAUCACAAUGAUGCGCUGGGCGGUGCGGAGUGGGGUCAUCCAUCAGGUACGGUAGGCUCCGGGCAUACAUAG